UGUAUAAAUAAGCCAGGAUGGACAUUGCACUGUAUUCCAUGGCUCCUUUUGCUUUACGGGCAGAGAGAGCCAUGAGGGAACUGGUAGCAUUGACUGUGUUGGUUGGGGCACUGUGUACGUCCAGCUCGCCCCUUCCGGAGGACCACUCCAUAGUUUGCAAUGACCAGGGGGCCCAGGCUGCAGUCGCCGUGUUCCAGCACCGUUUCAACGCCCAUCGUCCUUAUGGCUACAAGUACACGGUCAGCGAGAUAGAGUCCAGCAAAGUGGUCCAGAAGGAAAACUCCACCUGUGAAUUCCAGCUGGAGCUGGGUUUAGAGGAAACCAAAUGCCACAUCGUGAACCCUAAACCCGUUGACCAGUGUGAGGUUCGACAAAUGGAUGAAACAAAAGUUAAGGCGGACUGCAAUGUGACCUUGACAGUGGCAGAUGGGAAGGCUAGACUCAAGAGGUACUUCUGUGUAUCUUCAACAGCUUCAGCAGAGGAAUUGGCCAAUGUGUGCCCAGACUGUCCCUCACUGCUCCCCUUGCAUGACCCCCAGGGCCUGGACAGCAUCAAAAUGGCCCUGAAGAAGUUUAAUGAACAAUCAAAUCAUACAGCCUACUUCAAACUGCUGGCUGUUGGCAGAAUGUCAACACAGUACACAUUCCUGGGGCAGUCGUACUUCGCUGAGUUUGCCAUUGUGGAGACGAGUUGCUCACGCCAGGUGGAGGCUGAGAAGCAAGAUGCCUGUGAGCCCCUUUGUGCAGAUGAGGCUCACCAUGGCUUCUGUACUUCCACACUGUUGGGGAAUGAUGAGGUGACUGUGGAAUGUGAGAUCUAUGAUGUACAGAACUCGACGGACACAGGGUGUUUCCACCACCACUGCCGCUGGGGUCCGGAAGGAAAGUUCUGCGGACGCAACGUCAGCCCUGGCCACCACAUACGGCCCGGUUUCCUGCCCUUUCCCCCAUUCCACCCUCCCCAUCACCCGCCCCCACCUCCCCAUCACUUCCCUUGCCCACUCAUACCACCCCACCACAGACCUCCUCCCUUUUUUCCACCUCCUCCCCAUGGUUCCCAUAUCCCUCCCUUCCCUCACUGCCCUGGUCAUCUGAAAAUUCCUCCCUCAAUACAUCCCAUCUGCCCUCCCCCUCCCUUCCACUUCCCACCAUUUGGCCCUCUUCUGCUUGGUCCGGGUCCUGUUUUACGGCCACGCCCUCAUAAAGGUCCCUGGGAUCGACUGACUACUUAACACAGGGAAUUACAAUCUUGUCCAACUCCAAGUGGUUACACAGUUGUAGAUGAAUCAGCUUCUUUGCCAGUGUCUUUUUGUUGUGAGUAGUGGUGCAUUGUGAUUCAGACAAUACAACACAUGUGACUUCUUGUAGGAGCAGCACGUAUAUUGAUUUUUUGCAUGAAUUAGGCUCAGUUUGCCAUGCAUCAAUUAACAAUCUCACUGCUCUUCUUUGCUGUGUCUGCAAGUUAACCUUUGACUUUCUAAUCACUGUUGCCAAUAGUUUAAAGGUCAAUGUUUCCCUUCAUGCUUACUGUGUAAACCCUGUGUAUUACAAUUUUAUAUGUCUGACCUGACAAAAAUGUAAUGAAAUGACUCAAGGAGAUUAUGGUAAAUCAUGGUCAUGAUGGUAUUAGAAUAAUGUUGUAACUGUGGAAGUAUUAUGAUAAUUAA